AUGGAGAUAGGUCCAACUCGAACACUGAACUCCCAAGUAGGCGGGCACGCUGGUGUACUCACCACCGAAGACGGUUCACUUCUUAUAAAAGCGGCCUUACCUCGCGAGCUUGAGAUCUACCAGAAACUGCAAUACGAUCCAGCCUUGGAAGCCUUGCGGCCCUUCACAGCUGACUUUCUGGGAACUUUGGAACUAGAGGGGGAAGUCGACCAGAGCAACCCCAUCACACCUAACGAGAAUGUUACAUAUCCCUUCCUCAAACCAAACAUUCUGGACGUUAAGCUUGGUACGAUACUGUAUGAUGAAACCGCGUCACCAGAAAAGGUCGAGCGGAUGAAGAAGACCGCAAGAAAUACGACUUCCUUCGAGACUGGCGUCAGGUUGACCGGAUUUCAGGUAUAUGAUAAUGCCACUUCCCUCCCAGUCAUCACUCCGAAAUCUUACGGCAAAAGUAUCAAACCAAGCGAUCUUCCUGAUGGUAUCUCGCGCUUCUUCCCUGUCGGACAAGCACCGAACGCCUCUUCCGGGCUCUCUAAAAAAACGUUGCUACCGAUCCUCCGUGCCAUCCGAGAGGAUGUUGCGGAUAUCCGUGGGGUCUUCACGACUCUUGAAAUCCGCAUGGCUGGGGGCAGCUUAUUCAUUGUCUACGAAGCUGACUGGGCUAGAGCGGAGGAUGGUUUGCAGCGGCUGUUGCUGGACGAAGGCAAUGAAGACGAGGAAGAGGACGAAGAUGAAGAUGACGACGACGACGAUCGGCCAGGCCCUCCAUUCGUCGUCAAAAUUAUUGAUUUUGCUCAUACACGCCUGGCACCGGGAGAAGGCCGUGACGAAGGUGUUUUGCUUGGCCUUGAUACUGUUCUUAGGCUGUUGGAUGCGAGGAUCGCACAAAUUGAAGGUUGA